GUUAUUCAGCACGAUGCGCAGAUGGAUUACUAUGGGACGCGCCUGGCCACAUGCUCCUCUGACAGAUCGGUGAAGAUCUUUGACGUGUGAAGAAUGGAGGACAGAUCCUAAUCGCUGAUCUCAGGGGGCAUGAAGGGCCAGUUUGGCAGGUGGCCUGGGCUCACCCAAUGUACGGGAACAUCCUGGCGUCCUGCUCCUACGACAGAAAAGUCAUCAUAUGGAAAGAGGAAAACGGCACCUGGGAGAAGACGUACGAGUACACCGGCCACGAUUCGUCAGUGAACUCUGUGUGUUGGGCCCCCCAUGACUUUGGACUGUUGUUGGCUUGCGGCAGUUCAGAUGGCGCCAUAUCCCUCCUCACCUAUACAGGGGACGGCCCUUGGGAUGUCAAAAAGAUCAGCAAUGCGCACACGAUCGGGUGUAAUGCCGUGAGCUGGGCUCCCUCUGUGGUCCCCGGCAGUCUGGUGGAUCAGCCAUCUGGACCGAGGCCCAAUUACGUCAAGAGAUUUGUCUCCGGGGGCUGCGACAACCUGGUAAAGAUCUGGAGGGAGGAGGAUGGUCAGUGGAAGGAGGAUCAGAAACUGGAGGCACACAGUGAUUGGGUACGGGAUGUGGCCUGGGCUCCCUCCAUUGGUCUUCCCACAAGCACAAUCGCCAGCUGCUCGCAGGAUGGCAGAGUUUACAUCUGGACUUGUGACGAACCCGCCACCAGCAGCUGGAACCCCAAGUUGUUGCACAAAUUCAGUGAUGUGGUCUGGCACGUGAGCUGGUCCAUCACCGCCAAUAUCCUGGCUGUGUCUGGGGGAGAUAACAAGGUGACUCUGUGGAAGGAGUCCGUGGACGGCCAAUGGGCUUGUAUCAGCGACGUUAACAAGGGACAAGGAGCAGUGUCUGCCGUGACAGACGGACAACAGAACGAGCAGUGA